CCCUCCCCGCCGUCACGUGACCGCCAGUCCCGCUCUGCGCCCCGGAAAGAUGGGCCCCUCCCGCUGGUCGCCGCCGUCGCUGCUGCUGCUGUUCCUGUUCCUGAGCCGGACCCCCGGGACGGCGGCCGCGCCCGCGGAGGACGAGAUCCUGAGCCUGCCCGGCCUGGCCAAGCAGCCCUCCUUCCGCCAGUUCUCCGGCUACCUCCGCGCCACCGGGACCAAGCGCCUGCAUUACUGGUUCGUGGAGGCUCAGCGGGACCCCGAGAGCAGCCCCCUGGUGCUGUGGCUGAACGGCGGCCCCGGCUGCAGCUCCCUGGACGGCUUUCUGACGGAGCACGGGCCCUUCCUGAUCCAGCCCGACGGAAGCACCCUGGAAUACAACCCCUACUCCUGGAAUCUGGUGGCCAACAUGCUCUAUCUGGAGUCCCCCGCCGGCGUCGGCUUCUCCUACUCGGACGACAAGGCUUACGGGACCAACGACACGGAGGUGGCCGACGACAACUUCCUGGCCCUGAGAGAAUUCUUCCGCCUCUUCCCAGAAUUCAGCUCCAACGAGCUGUUCCUGACGGGCGAGAGCUACGCCGGCGUCUACGUCCCCACCCUGGCCACCAGGGUCAUGCGGGACCCCGCCAUGAACCUGCAGGGCCUGGCCGUGGGCAACGGCCUCUCGUGCUACGAGCAGAAUGACAACUCCCUGGUCUACUUCGCCUACUACCACGGGCUGUUGGGAAACAGGCUCUGGGAAGCCCUGCAGGCCUCCUGCUGCUCCCGGGGCCGCUGCAAUUUCUACGACAACACCGAUCUCAACUGCACCCUCAGGCUGCAGGAAGUGUCUCACAUAGUAGGAGAUUCUGGCCUCAACAUCUACAACCUGUAUGCCCCGUGUGCUGGGGGGGUUCCCGGGCAGAUCAGGUUCGAGAAGGACGUGAUGGUGACCCACGACCUGGGGAACGUCUUCACCCGCGUGCCCCUCAAGCGGGCGCUGCGGCAGGCUCUGCUCCUGCGGUCGGGCGAUUCGGUGCGGCUGGACCCCCCCUGCACCAACACCACCGCCCCCUUCACCUACCUGAACGACCCCUACGUGCGUAAGGCCUUACACGUCCCCGCCGAGGUCCCCCGCUGGGUCACGUGCAGCUUCGAGGUCAACAGGGACUACAAGCGCCUCUACAGCACCGUGAGGGACGAGUACCUCAAGCUGCUCGGCGCCCAGAGGUACCGGAUCCUCGUGUACAACGGGGAUGUGGACAUGGCCUGCAACUUCAUGGGGGACGAGUGGUUCGUGGAUUCGCUCGACCAGAAGGUGGAGGUGCUGCGUCGCCCGUGGCUGGUGGCCGACGGGACGGGGGAGCAGGUGGCCGGCUUCGUCAAGGAGUUCUCCAACAUCGCCUUCCUCACCAUCAAGGGAGCCGGCCACAUGGUCCCGACCGACAAGCCUCAGGCGGCCCUGGCCAUGUUCAGCCGCUUCCUGAACAGGGAGCCCUACUGAAGGGCGGCCGGGCCGCGCCGCCCCCGAGACCCGCGCGGGAACGCCGCCGGAAGCGCGCCCCGGCCUUCGCGCUUCGCGGUCGGGGCGGAGAGCGCGGGGCCGCCGCCGGGCGGCCGGGACGGGGGAAUAAAGGAGCCGCUGCCUGGGCCCCGACGCCCGGUCCCGUGGUGGAA